CUAAUAUUUAACAAUACUGUAUAAAAUUACUAUUUGCUAAUGUCUACCGAAUAUAUGAUGUAAAUAUUAAAUAAUAUAAUAUAACUAUUAUUUACUCACUGUAUUCUCGUCAUCUUGUUCCUUAAUUACCUGAUCAAAGUAUUCUAUUCAACUGUUCGAUCAUCUAAUUUGUAUACAAUAAAAAAAUGUUAAAGUAAAUUGUAUUAAAUUACCACCGCCGUUAACCAUUCUAAAUGUAUUAUAAUUAUAGUUUUUAACAAACCUCAAAUGUAACUACAGUGACUGUAGCUACUUCAUCACAACUGGCAAGAUGCUUUUUUAUAUAAUAUAUAGCCAUAUUUUUAACAAACAGUUACACAACAUGCCUUCGUUGGAUGGUAAAACUAACCAGUAUAGACCGUGAAGUGGGAGAUACGAUAUUGCUGUUUUUUUUUUCUUAAUAUGGGCUGUGGUCCUAGUCAUUUUGGAAUCUCAUAUUCCAGAAAGACCAAGAAGAAAAAAAACAAGCACAAAGAAUCUGAUGAUGAAAAAAGUGAAGGCAGUGUUUAUGAAAAUCAUGUUGAGGAACCAAUACAGCUGACAAGUACACCGUCUGUAAACAAUUUAUGUGACAUGUCUGAAAUGGAUGAUUCAAGUCCACUACAUCAACGUAUGUCAAGUCCACAGUCUUCCACUUCGUUAUUUGUCAAUCCACAAUUAUCUUCUAGUCAACUCAAUUUCUUUAGAAUGUUAGAUGAAAAAAUAGAAAUGGGCGCAGAUUAUACGCAAACUAUUGAAGAACAACGUUUGGAAAAAAUUCAUCGUACACAUGCGUUAUUAAUGGAAUGGGAACGAGCACGAAUACGCAAUUCACCAAAACCUUGCUCAAAUUCUAGAUCCCGUUUUUUACGUAACCCACGACAGCCACAUUUUCGAGUUUCUCAUUCAGUUGUUCAAUUUGACCAAGAACAAGGUGCUUUCCAUACUGAACUCAUAUGAAGUACAAAAUGUAUUAUUUAUUUUAAUAUAUUAAUUGGCAUUUUUAUAAUAUUUUACAUUUAUUUGUAUAUAUUGU